GACCCGCCCACAUAUCAAAGACGUCAACACGAUGUCUGAUGCCGUUGAUCCUCUGACAUUGCAAGCAACAUCCCCUACUCAAAUAUCCGGUCAUGCCAUGAGCCAGCAGGCUAGUUCCACCAUGAACCAAGCCCAGACUUCCGAUGCGCCGAAGCAGCAACACUCGCCCUUGCUAAGGCUCCCCAAAGAUGUGUUCAAAUGCGUUCUGGAUCAUCUUGAUCGUGACGAUGCAUGGUCUCUGAAGAGGCUCUGCCGUGGCUUCGCAGAUUCUCAAGCUGUUGGCGAGGCGCUGUACCGACACCCUAUCCAGUGGGAGGAUGUUCAGAACAUCAAACUCCAUGAAUGGAGGUAUAGACCUACGGGUCAAGCGCGUUGGCAGCGCUUCGUGGACAGCAUAACAGAUGCUAAUCGACACUACGUCCUGAAGAUUGCUAUGACUCAUUGGUGCAGUAUUGCUGAUUUUCAGUGGAUGGAGAAAAAUCUACCAAACCUUGCUAGUCUCGAUUUAUCUGCCAUUAAAGAUUUCGUGUGGACUCCUGAGGAGACAUGGACGUGGAAAGAGCUUGCUGCGGCCUGUCCCAAACUGCUCGAGCGACUCAAAGAGCUCGAAGUGACCAACUGGGCCGACUAUAGUGUCCACAGUUCCGUAGAAUACAACUACUCAUGGAACGACUACAGAUUCAAGCAGAAAUUUCGUAUGUCCAGGAGGCGAGAUGGAGGUUCGGUCGCUCGAAUGAUAUUCCCACAAUGCAAGAAACUUGAGACACUCGCGAUCCGAGAACGUCACUCUGGAUACCAGACGUGGAAUGAGUGGGAGGUUCAUCAACGGGUUUGUUGUCUGGCGGAUGGAAUAACCCAAAAUUGCCCGCCGACCUUACACAAGCUGCGAGUGUAUGAUUACACCCCUUUCAGGUGUCUCGUCUCCUUUAGCGAAUUUACAUGGUCAAAUAUCUCCAAUGUCGAGAUUGAUCUGUACAAGUGGAUAGAUGAGCGUAAAGAUCGAGCCUUAUCCCAUGGUUUGCCACUCAGGGUCACACAAGGUUUCUUGCGUAGGCCUGAAGAAGAUGAAUUCAUUGACAAAGCAUACGAUCAAUGCAGCCGUAACCACAUGGACUUAGGGGCCCAUAUCAUACAAAGCACCGGUGGUACAUUUGAAGAUCUGCUGCAAAGUGUGCGAACGAUCGCGACCAUAUAUCCGCAUAUCACCGUCAAACCGGUCACGAUCCCAGGCGUUGUUGAAUUGCAGCCUUUUCAAUUGGUCGCACUGAACCAGAAUCAUCGAAGGCUGGGGAUCGCUCCGGGCGCUCCACCACCUGUGGACGUUACUGCCAAGCCAGAGAUGCAGGACAUACUGCGAUGGUUGGCUGCUCAAUGGCAUUUCAAACCUAUAUUCGUAUGGGGUCACCUGAUGUGUGAUGCUUUCCCCGAGAACCUGGAGCCUAGUGGAUUUAUGAUGGGUAAACCACCACCUAGACCGACUAUCCAGAAAGACGACGUAUUACUUCGUAUAUUUGGUAUGGCAGUUAUCUUUCGGACGCUCAACAUUCCCAUCCGAGUAUCAAUCGGGCAUCGGUCCAACCCAUCCAGUCCCCAUGGUAUAGAUGGCUCUCUAUUAUUUGGUGACUUCAAGACCCUCGUAGGUCAGGGCCUAGACCGGCGUGAGCUCAUUCUGCCCUCGCAGGCCUCGUUCAACUUGUCCAACAUAGCUCAUAUGAUCGAUGAGCUCAUCAUUGAAUAUCCCUUCGAUGUACCGGGUGUCAUUAAUAGCUGGACACGUGAUUCGAGUCUAAGGGCUGUUGAAGAAUCUUUGUUUGAACGUGAGAUGGUUGGUUGGCGUCGGUUCUGGGCUCGUUAUGCCCGUCAGAUGAAAAACUUGAAAAAGUUGACCGUACACAUUCCGAGCAAAAUCUACCGAGACUGGGGCAGGUGCAAGGGCUUACACGAGCUCCUCGCCGACGAUCGCUGGCAGAUGUUGGAGGUGAAAACAAAGGGUUCGACAUUCAUCAGUCUUGAAGACGUGCCUCUCGGUGGCUUAGUUCCACGCUCGACGCGUGUCCCAUUCGUUCAGCGCGUCUUCUUCCGGACAGAUGAUGCUCCUUUGCAUCAUCUACAAUUUACUAAUCCUAGUCUAACUUCUAAAGAGCGGGACGAGACGCCGAUCACGGAAGAAGAACUCGAUUUUGACGAUACAAAGGGACAACCACAUCGGUUUUUUGCUGAAUUACCGGACGACCGAGGCGUGAAGAGGGGCCUAGAGGUAGAUGGGACCCCGGAGGACUCGGUCCGCAAGAGGGCAAGGCAGAUGUUGAAUGAGCAAAUGAAUGACAUCCAGGGACUCCUGUCUCUUCCCAUGUGA